AUGAGGCUGGCUUUGGCCCCCUCCACCCGGAAAGCGUAUGAUCGUUCCGUUCGGCAGUUUUCGGCUUUCAGGGAACAGGUAGGCUUGGCUGACCUGUGGCCUAUUCCUGUGGAGCAUCUCAUGCAGUUCUGCGUGGAGCUUAAAGGUAAAGGGCUUGUAGUUAAAUCUAUCCGGGCAAAGUUGGCUGCCUUGGCCUUUACCAGCAAGGUCCGGGGCCUAGUGGACUCGUCCGGUGACUUCAGGCUACGCAAGAUGCUCGAGGGAUGGUCUCGUGAACAGGGCCCGCGUUCAGACCCUAGAAACCCCCUUUCUCCGGAGGUACUUAGGGGGUUCAAUAGGAUGUGGCCCACAAUUUGUUUUUCUAAGUUCGAGGCCUUGUUAUUCCAAGCUGCUGCCAUGUCCGCCUUUUUUGGUGCGCUUAGAGUCAGCGAGCUGGUGGUUAGCUCGCGGACUGACAGUUCUGGGCGGGCACUUUUGAUGGGCGAUGUAAAAAUUACAGGUGAUGGUGUGGCCAUUAGGCUGUGCAGGUCUAAAACCGACCAGCGACAUAAAGGAGUAACGAUCACUUUGGGUUCGUGCCACGACAGCGAGAUUUGUCCAGUUUUGGCUUUGAAGGGCUAUAUCUCUGUGCGGGGCAACGAUCCCGGCCCCUUUUUCAGGCACGAGGAUGGGUCCCCCUUGACCAAAUUCCAAUUUUGGUCUGUCACCAGCCAGGCAUUAGUUAAGCUUGGGUUGUCUGGCUUUCGGUUUGGGACCCAUUCAUUUCGUAUUGGGGCUGCUUCCACCGCAGCCGCCAUGGGGUACCCGGGGCCAGCCAUACAGCAAGUUGGGCGGUGGCGGUCCUCGGUGUACAAGGGUUACGUACGGCCUAUUUUGCCUGACACGUGUUAG